AUGAUCCGAGGAUUCACCCUCCUUGCCGUGGUGGCCUGCAUUGCCAUGGGCAUCGGGUACGUCAUCACGAACGGCCCGAUGAGCGAUGUAAGUUUCCAGCAUACAGUAUUUAUUGAACUAAAACCAUUGUCUAGGCUGGCAAGCACCACAUCAACCAUCAUUUUCAUAAGGUCACGAUUAUUCGUGCGCCACUCGAGCAUAAUUCGCCGCAACUCAAAGGAGAUGGAAAGGAUCCAGUAACUACAACGGAGGAACCAUCUCCGUAUUUUGGUGACGUUAUUGGAGACCCCUUCGGAACGCGCGAUGAAGAAAAUCUUUUUAUCCAGAAGCAAAGGACUAAUAAACGGUCAAUGGCAAUUGGCCGUACAGGUUGGCGUCCGGGCAAACGCUCCGACAAGAGAACUCCUACUGGAAAGCGAUCGACUGCCCUCAGACGCAUGCUUUGGCUCCCCAGCAAUCACGGGGAAAUUAUUGCAAAGAGUUCGCGGAUCCUUCCAGACAAGGGUCAGCCGGAACAAGUCUACGAGGAUAUGCCGCAUCCUGGCAAGAAUUCCAACAAAAUGGGGCAUCCUCUGUUUCGUCCUCGCAGACGUGCUCUUCCGAUUUCCUUUGAGUUCGAGAUGGGGAGCGUUUUUUUGAAGGACGACAGCAAGGACUACUCGGACUCAUCCUCACAAUCUGAGGAGUUGAUCGUGGAGGUGGACUAG